UAUGAAAUUUCUGUUGGUUUUUGAUUUUGACCAUACAAUCGUAGAUGAAAAUAGCGAUACCUGGAUUGUGAAAUGUGCUCCUGAGAAUAAACUUCCUAAUGGAUUAAGAAACUCCUACCAACCAGGACACUGGACAGAAUAUAUGGGCAGAGUCUUUGUCUACUUGGGAGACAAUGGCGUCAAAGAAGAUGAGAUGAAAAGAACUAUGACAACAAUUCCUUUCACUGCGGGAAUGGUAGAUCUUCUGGGCUUUAUUGGCAAGAACAAAGAGUUGUUUGAUUGCAUAAUUGUUUCAGAUUCUAAUACAGUAUUUAUUGACUGGAUUUUGAAAGCUGCUGACUUGCAUAAGGUGUUUGAUGAAGUGUUUACAAACCCCGCAGCAUUCAGCAGUACUGGCUAUCUUACUGUGCAGAACUUCCAUGCUCACCAUUGUGCAAAAUGCCCUAAAAACCUUUGCAAACGGAAAGUUUUAGAAGAAUUUCUAGAUAAACAGUUGGAGCGAGGAGUACGUUACACGCAAAUUGUAUAUAUAGGUGAUGGUGGGAAUGACUUAUGUCCAGUAAUGAUUUUGAAGAAGGAUGAUAUUGCUAUGCCCAGGCAGGGGUAUACCUUGGAGAAAAAAAUUUCUCGUCUGGCCCAAGAUUUCAGUCCUGUAGAGUGUUCUGUUCUGGUUUGGUCAUCUGCUACUGAAAUUAUGUCUUAUCUGAAAGUGCUUAUAAAGGAAUAA